AAUUACUUCUGAAUAAAUUUUAAAAUCAUAUUAUAGAACCAUAGCAUUUCGUGAUUCAUUGGUACAUCGACUUUGAUUCUCUAUUAACCAAUAAUCUGGGACCAUUAACAUGGUUAAGGCCAAACCCGUUUGAAGUUCAGAUGCAGCAGGGUACUCUUUCUACUACUAUGUUACUAAAUACAGAAAUAUUUUCAAAACAAAAUGUUUUUUCGAUAUAAAACACUCAUGUCGAUAAAACGAUUUGAGCCCCUUUUUCCAAUGCUGAAUCGAUGACCUAUGUAUAAAGGGAGAAGAAUUCUUUGAAUUUGAAGAAAAAAAAGAAACAACUUUGCUGACAAAUUACAAUUAUACAUUAUACAAUUCUAAGUACAAUUAGAAAUUCCAAAUUAUAUGUAACUUUUUUAUUUAUUAUUUUUUUAUUAUACUUUUUAGUUUUUUGAUAUAUUUUCUAUUUUGGUCAGAAGAAUCCUCCGAAUAUUCUGGUCUUGGAUUAGUAAUCAGUUUCUAUAUUUUGGAAUAUGAAUAGAGACGAGAGGGAGAGGGUAAGCUCAUUACAUUAGAAAAAAAAGAUAUUGGGAAUUAAUUCCCAAUAAAUAAGAAAUAAUUGAGCGUGAGAGCCAAAUGAAUCGAAAGGUUCAUGUUUGGUUCGGGAAGGGAUCAUGGAAUUUUUGAAAUAAAAAAAAAAUGAAUGGAAAGAUAAUCUACUUUCAUUAAGUGAUUUAUUAGAUAAUCGAAAAGAGAGGAUCUUGAAUACUAUUCGAAAUUCAGAAGAACUACGCGGGGGGGCUAUUGAACGGCUGGAAAAGGCCCGGGCCCGCUUACGGAAAGUAGAAAUGGAGGCGGAUCAGUUUCGAGUGAAUGGAUACUCUGAGAUAGAACGAGAAAAAUUGAAUUUGAUUAAUUCAACUUAUAAGAUUUUGGAACAAUUAGAAAAUUACAAAAAUGAAACCAUUUAUUUUGAACAACAAAGAGCGAUUAAUCAAGUCCGACAACGGGUUUUCCAACAAGCUUUACAAGGAGCUCUAGGAACUCUGAAUAGUUCUUUAAACAACGAGUUACAUUUACGCACCAUUAGCGCUAAUAUUGGCUUGUUUGGGGUGAUGAAAGAAAUAACUGAUUAGCCCUUUUUUUUACCUUUUACUUUAUUGUAGAUUGUAGGCAUUAUUUUUUUUCUUCCAAAAAAUAAUUAGGAAAUACUCAUGGUAACUAUUAGAGCCGACGAAAUUAGUAAUAUUAUCCGUGAACGUAUUGAGCAAUAUAAUAGAGAAGUAAAGAUUGUAAAUACUGGUACCGUCCUUCAAGUGGGCGACGGCAUUGCUCGUAUUCAUGGUCUUGAUGAAGUAAUGGCAGGUGAAUUAGUAGAAUUUGAAGAGGGUACCAUAGGCAUUGCCCUCAAUUUGGAAUCAAAUAAUGUUGGUGUUGUAUUAAUGGGUGACGGUUUGAUGAUACAAGAGGGAAGUUCUGUAAAAGCAACAGGAAAAAUUGCUCAGAUACCAGUGAGUGAGGCUUAUUUGGGUCGUGUUAUAAAUGCCCUGGCUAAGCCUAUUGACGGUCGGGGUGAAAUUUCAGCUUCUGAAUCUCGGUUAAUUGAAUCUCCUGCCCCAGGUAUUAUUUCGAGACGUUCCGUUUAUGAGCCUCUUCAAACAGGACUUAUUGCUAUUGAUUCGAUGAUCCCUAUAGGACGUGGUCAGCGAGAAUUAAUUAUUGGGGAUAGACAGACCGGUAAAACAGCAGUAGCCACGGAUACGAUUCUCAAUCAGCAAGGGCAAAAUGUAAUAUGUGUUUAUGUAGCUAUUGGUCAAAAAGCAUCUUCUGUGGCUCAGGUAGUGACCACUUUCCAAGAAAGGGGAGCGAUGGAGUACACCAUUGUGGUAGCCGAAACGGCGGAUUCCCCAGCUACAUUACAAUACCUCGCUCCUUAUACAGGAGCUGCUUUGGCUGAAUAUUUUAUGUAUCGUGAACGACACACCUUAAUCAUUUAUGAUGAUCUUUCCAAGCAAGCACAGGCUUAUCGCCAAAUGUCUCUUCUAUUACGAAGACCGCCGGGUCGUGAAGCUUAUCCAGGAGAUGUUUUUUAUUUGCAUUCGCGCCUUUUAGAAAGAGCCGCUAAAUCAAGUUCUCAGUUAGGUGAAGGAAGUAUGACUGCUUUACCAAUAGUUGAGACCCAGUCGGGAGACGUUUCGGCGUAUAUUCCUACUAAUGUGAUUUCCAUUACAGAUGGACAAAUAUUCUUAUCCGCCGAUCUAUUCAAUGCUGGAAUCAGACCUGCUAUUAAUGUGGGGAUUUCCGUCUCCAGAGUAGGAUCGGCGGCUCAAAUUAAAGCUAUGAAACAAGUCGCUGGUAAAUCAAAAUUGGAAUUGGCCCAAUUCGCCGAAUUAGAAGCCUUUGCACAAUUUGCUUCUGAUCUCGAUAAAGCUACUCAGAAUCAAUUGGCACGAGGUCAACGAUUACGUGAGUUGCUUAAACAAUCCCAAUCAGCUCCUCUUACGGUGGCAGAACAGAUAAGUACUAUUUAUACCGGAACGAAUGGUUAUCUUGAUUCAUUAGAAAUUGGACAAGUAAGGAAAUUUCUCGUUGAGUUACGUACUUACUUAAAACGAAUAAACCUCAGUUCCAAGAAAUCAUAUCUUCUACCAAGACAUUCACUGAGGAAGCGGAAACGCUUUUGAAAGACGCUAUUCAGGACCAAAUGGAACGUUUUCGACUUCAGGAACAAUUAUAAAUAGAAAAUUCUAACUUAAUGGAAUAUAGAGAAAUCGAUUCAAAAUUGCGUCCAAUAGGAUUUGAACCUAUACCAAAGGUUUAGAAGACCUCUGUCCUAUCCAUUAGACAAUGGACGCUUUUCAUUACGAUUUUUUGACAUUUUGACUUUUUUUCUCUUGUUCGGUUUUUUUUUUCUUGGUUGGAAAAACUAAAGAACAUGUGAAAAAUUGUAUUGUUAGAAUUGCGGAUUUAUUAAUUCAAUUCAAUGAUGCUAAUGCAUCGUUGAAUUGAAUUAAUAAAUAUUCAAAUAGAUAGAAUAGAUAGAAUUCGAAUAUCGAGCGGGUAGCGGAAUCGAACCCGCAUCGUUAGCUUGGAAGGCUAGGGUUAUAGUCGACGUUGAUUCAUUAUUUUAGCGUCUCUAAUUCAAAACCGAACAUGAAAUUUUGGUUUCAUUCGGCUCCUUUAUGGAAGAUGGAUAAAUAAAAAAAAAGAAAUAAAUAAAAUAGAAUAUAAAUAAGAUAAAGAUAAGGCAGGAACGAAAUGAAAUAAGAAUUUGGCCCAUAACAUCUAUGUUAGCUUUUCUGUCUGAAUGCAUUCAAAACAAUUCGCUUUCUAGAUGAUCCUUCUAGAAGAAUGGGAUUAGAAUAGAACAAUUUUUCUAGUUACUUCGUUCUCUAUUUCUAUUUGAGAAAAUCCUUAGGAAAAGCAUUUUGUUUCCGCCGAGCUAAAACAAGAUGUAAAUGUCUCUAGUAAACCAAAGUUAUCGUUUAAUAGCUAUUUUGCUUCAAUCUAUCCCAUCAAAAAAAUUGAAGAUUUAGUUACGAUUAGAAAUACACUUUUCUAUCUUUAUCCAUGGAUCUUUUCCUCAUACUUAUUCAAUUGGAAGUAUUGAUCCAAUUGAAAAAAAAAUUUAUGUUUCGUAAUUUCAUAAUCCAAUUUUUCAAUUUUUAGUUAGAAUAUAAUUUUAAAAUUAUAUUUAAUUGGCCCUUGGAUCCAAAUCACGAGAAUGUAUAUUCUUCCUCAAAUCUUUCGUUGAGAGGUAAAGGAUUAAAUCCUUUUAAGAAAUAAAGUUUUUGCUCGGAAUAUGAAUCAAACCGAGGGACCCCUUAACUCUUAGGGGGAUUAAUAGAACGAAUCA